GUGGAUAACGAUGUAUAUAAAUGCAAAUGCGCUGCGUGCGACAAAGUUUUGAACUGCGGUAUGUGCAGCGAUGGUGCCAGUGUAAUGAUCGGACAGCAUAAUUCCUUUGCAUCAAGAUUAAUUGGGGACAUACCAAACGCUAUAGUUGUAAAGUGCAUCUGUCAUUCUGCAGCAAUUAUUGCAAGUAAGGCUUGUUUAGCGCUACCCAGAGGACCUGAGGACCUUUUGCGGCAAAUCGGUUCGUACGUUUCGGGAAGUUCCAAAAGAUGCGCGCAAUUAGAAGCUCUGCAGGAAAUGCUAAACGAGAAGAAAAAGAAAAUCCUUCGGACUUGUACAACCAGGUGGCUCUCUCAUCACAAAUGCGUCGAAAGUGUAUUAGAAAACUGGGAUGUGUUAUUGGCAUUUUUCAACCAAGCUGUCACGCAGGACAAAUUAAAAUCAACAGAGGCGAUUUUAUUGGAGCUCAACAACCAAUGCAAUAAGAUUUAUUUAUUUUUUCUCAAGUAUGUACUCAAUUACUUCAAUACUCUAAACGCACUUUUUCAGUCGAAAGCACCUUUAAUACAGGUACUCCAACGAGAAUCAAUCAAAAUAUUUUUAAGCUUAGGUCAAAAUUUUAUUAAAAAGUCUGAGCUUAACAUUACUUGUGCUGUUAGAUCGCCACAUAUUUCUUUACCGCUUGAGGAAGUUUUUCUCGGAUUUGAAUGUAACGAGCUCCUAAAAACUGUUCCAAAAACGGCUGCAAACAAAAUUAGAACAGAUUGUCUACAGUUUUAUAUUACUGCUUUGGAAGAGAUACAAAGGAGAUUACCGCUCAAAACUGAGCUAUUCAAAGAAAUUGAGUUUUUAAAUCCAGAAGUUGCAAUGGCAGUAAAGGGAAACAAAAAUGAUCUCACAUUUGAGAACAUUUGUAAAAUAGUAUGUGUGGAUGCCAACUCUCUCCUACAAGAGUGGAGAACAAUGCAAGGUGAACGGUAUUUAGAUGAUUGUGUUGUUUCUUGCAUUAAACAGCCAACAUCACUGAUUGUUUAG